AUGUCAGCUAUAAUAGUUAAAGCUGUUCAACCGGUGAAAGAAAAGGUAUUAAGCCUCCUGGAAAAAAUCAAAAAAAUGGAUUUGGAGAAAAUGGAUCCAAUGAUGACUCCAGAAGAAAUCCAAGAGCAACACGAAACAAGAAAACGAAUUAUCAACGAGAAAAUGAUGCGCCUCGAAUCAUAUCUGGAAUCUCUCGAAACGACCAAUAAAGAGUGGAAGCAGUAUAUUCAACAAAUUUCCUCACCGCAAAAAAGGAGAGAGGAAGAAGAAAAAUACGCACAAAUGGUGGACGAUGAAACAGGUAUUUUAAGAUUAAUUAGUGAUAGUAAAGAUGUAAUAAUCACUCUUAAAAUGUAUGAAAAGGAUUCAGAGAUGCUCCAACGCUUAGAAAAAAGCACUGAAAAAGGAGUACUGACUCGACAGAACGAAACGAUACCAUCAGCAAAUCACACAACAGUGAAUUUGCCCCAGUUACCGUUACCAAUAUUUGACGGUAACCCAAAGUUAUGGAGAGGAUUUUGGAGUAGCUUUGAUGCUGCAAUUCACCUCCAAAACAUCCUAGAUAUCCAAAAAUUAAAUUAUCUUAUUGCUUGUUUGAAAGGUGAUGCCUUACAAGCUGUAAGGGGAUAUGAUAUAACCCCAGAAAAUUACAAUGUUAUCAGAACGGUUUUUGUCGAAAAAUUUGGUCAAUCAUAUAUAAUCAAGAGGUCACUCUAUAAUGAACUGUACUCGACCAAAAAGAAUGAUCGGGAAUGGAGAGUGACAAUUGAAAGUAUCGAAAGAAUACUGCGACAGCUGGAAGCCAUGGGCGAGAACCUGGAGCAGUCAAGUAUUGAAAUAAUAGUUGAAAGCAGACUGCCAGCAUGGAUU